AUGGGACCCAGCAAGGUAAAAUUCCACUCGGACAUUCGGCCCACCCAAUUCCAGGCCAUCUAUUGGAGCCGCAUCUCCGAACAACUUGAACCGUCCAUACACUCCACACCAGCAAAAGGCAAAUGGCUAACUGUCUCGCGAACGUGGAAAAAGAAAAAGCUCUCAGCAAUGUACUCCACAAAAUAUUUCGACGGUGUUUUUGGGCAUCGUACUUUUUCACGCAGGGAUUCCAAGAGCGGGGAUGAAUCUACUCCCUUGGUUACAGCGGUUGAAUCACCUAAACACCAGGAGCCAAUUAGAAACAUCAUGCUGAGUACGCCAUUGGGUGAACGGUACAAGUCGAACCCAACGACGUUGUUGUCUCAGCCGGAAUGCUCCCCAAACAUCGAGCGGCUACCCCGUUUGGAAAGUUGCCCGAAUAAUCGCCGCGGGUUUUGCACACGCUCUGGCACGUUCUGCUUCCGCCGUGCGGCUGCCACCGGUUAA